AUGCACAUGCCCAGAUGUCCGCAUGUCCGCCCUCGUCAUCACAACUCGCUUGAUCGCUUGCCCAACUUGCAUUCUCUCCAUCCACAAGCCCACAGCCACAGGCCACAGGCAGCAACAAUGUCCCACGCGCCUCCCCCCGGGCCCCCGCCAAAUCGUCCCACCAACAACGAUGACCCCUUCCACGACACGGUCCCCGACGACCCGCCGCCGGCAUACGAAGCCGUGUCGCGCACAGACUCGACCGUCGCCGCCGGCCCGAGCCGCAUGGACUUCUCCGGCCCCCCGCCCCUCCCCGACCGCAUGCGGAUACAGCCCCACUCGACGGGCGGGUACAGCAUCCCCGGCGUGGGCGUGGGCUAUAGUCCUUCUCCUACUAGUCCAGGUGGGCAGGGCUUCUCGUCAGGCUAUGCGACACCCACGCAUGCCCCUCCGCCCGGCGCACCCCCUCCCCCUCCCCCUCCCCCUCGCCAUCCCAACCCGCCAAACCAAGAGUUCACGCCCACCGAGUCCCCCGUGCCCGGCCGUCCGCUGCUGCACAACGGCAACCUCCUCGUAUAUCCCAAAGGGUAUUGGUGCCACAAAUGCCAGAACACGGGAUACAAAGGCGGCGACGCGCGCGCGCCCUGCAACUCGGACUGGCGCAAGUACGGCAAGCCGUACAACGGCGCGCUGGCGGCCAGCUUCGCGGCCCCGCGCCCGGGGGGAAACGCGAGCGUCGUCGGCGCAAACAACUUCCAGCGGCCCCUCCCGGGCCAUGCGGCGGGCCAUACGGGACAGGCGGGGCAGGCGCCCCACUACGCCCUUGGCCAUCAGGGAGGAGGAUAUCCCGGCCAGCAGGUGUAUCAGCGCCCGCCGAUGCGGCAUACCUAUGCGCCCCCGCCCGGCGCACUCGUCGUGCAGCCUGGAGACCCCCGGAUCGGCGGACAGUGA